UCUCUCUCUCUCUCUCUCUCUGUGUGUGUGUGUGUGUGUAAAGCGUGUGUGUUGAGUGUGUGUGUGUGUGUGCGCGCGCUUUGCCGUUUCCUGUGCAGGCUCUUUAUCCAGAGACGGAGCAUGGCGGCCACUGAGAUAGCCCGACAAGCGGGAGAGGGAGCACGUGCAGUGCCACUCUCUGGCCAUGUUGGCUUUGACAGCAUGCCGGACCAACUGGUCAACAAGUCUGUUAACCAUGGCUUCUGCUUCAACAUCCUCUGCGUUGGGGAGACCGGUUUGGGAAAGUCCACUCUCAUGGACACCCUGUUCAACACCAAGUUUGAGGGCGAGCCGACUCAGCACAACCAGCCUGGAGUGCAGCUCAAGUCCAACACGUAUGAACUGCAGGAGAGCAACGUUCGCCUUAAGCUCAACAUCGUCAACACGGUCGGCUUCGGAGACCAGAUCAACAAAGAGGACAGCUACAAACCGAUCGUGGAGUUCAUCGACACUCAGUUCGAGGCCUACCUUCAAGAAGAGCUGAAGAUCAAGCGAACCCUUCACAGUUAUCAUGACACGCGUAUCCAUGCCUGUUUGUACUUCAUCGCACCCACUGGACACUCCUUAAAAUCUCUGGAUCUGGUGACCAUGAAGAAGCUGGACAGUAAGGUGAAUAUCAUCCCCAUCAUUGCCAAGUCAGAUGCCAUCUCAAAGAGUGAACUGGCCAAGUUCAAGAUUAAGAUUACCAGCGAGCUUGUCAGCAAUGGAGUGCAGAUUUACCAGUUCCCGACUGAUGAUGAGACUGUGGCAGAGAUCAACUCUACUAUGAACGGCCAUUUGCCGUUUGCAGUAGUGGGAAGUACAGAGGAAGUCAAGAUCGGGAACAAGAUGGUGAAGGCACGGCAGUACCCAUGGGGAACAGUUCAGGUGGAAAAUGAGAACCACUGUGACUUUGUGAAGCUGAGAGAGAUGCUGAUCCGAGUGAACAUGGAGGAUUUGAGGGAGCAAACCCACACACGCCACUAUGAGCUCUACCGCCGCUGCAAACUGGAGGAGAUGGGCUUUAAAGACACAGACCCUGAUAGCAAACCUUUCAGCCUGCAGGAGACUUAUGAGGCCAAGAGGAAUGAGUUCAUGGGUGAGCUGCAGAAGAAGGAAGAAGAGAUGAGGCAGAUGUUUGUUCAGAGAGUGAAAGAGAAAGAGGCUGAGCUGAAGGAGGCAGAGAAGGAGCUGCAUGAGAAGUUUGACCGUCUGAAGAAGCUGCACCAGGAUGAGAAGAAAAAGCUGGAAGAUAAAAAGAAGGCUCUUGAUGACGAGCUGAACAUCUUCAAGCAGAAGAAAACGGCAGCUGAACUCCUGCAGUCCCAGGCCCAGCAAGCAGGCAGCUCCACCACACUCAAGAGGGACAAAGAGAGGAAAAAGUUGGAUGUGUGUAAGGAGACUUUCCUCCGCUUCUUUUAAAUCUCUCGUGGCCACCUGUCAGAAGAGGGGAUCACGGCUUCCUCAAGAACUAAGCACCCAUUUCCUCUUCCUGCCUUUCAGUCUGUUAGCCUUUUUUUCUUCUGGAAACUUUGUUGUCUGCUCAGUUGAACAUGGUCAUAUGUCGGCUUUACAUGGUAUUUUCUCCCAGAAGUAUUUGCUCUUUUCUAUUUAGCCACACCGAACAGUCCCACACUAAUAUUUUUAUAGACUUUCUCAAGAUACUGGAAUCAAAGUUCUGGUAGUAAAAAAAAAAAAAAAAAGAGCAUGAAGGGAAAAGAAUAUUUAUUGUAAAAACAUCAGUUUUUUAUAAAUUUAAAUAUAUAUUGCUUUUGCAUCAUAGCUUUCAUUUACACCCCUAUCAUUUGCAUUUACACAUCGGUUUCACCCGUGAAGAUGUGUUUUGUGUUGACUCUGACUGUGAGAUAGAAAGACCCAAAGACAAAAAUUGCAUUAUAAUGUUUAAUUUUAUAGAUUCUUUAUCAUAGAUCCAUGGAAUAGAUCUAAAAGUUGCUUAUCGAGCACAGUUAUUUAAGUCAGGCUGAUGUUAAGUUUGAUGAGUUCCAGUGAUAGUAAUUUCUCACCAUCCUCUAAUUUGUUGAAUUUGUUGAAAGGUUUUAUGGUUUAAAGAAGCCCUUCUGAAUACCAUGUAGGUCACAUUCGGAGCCCCUUUUUUCAUUUCAUGCUUUGCCUUAUCUAAUCAGCCUUUGCAUGUUUUAUAUGCCUCUACAGUGUAAACGCUUUCUCUGUUGGCCUUUUUUCCUCGUAGGUAGUUAUUACAGGUCCAUGAUUUCUCUUAAAAACCAUGUUCUGGAAAUACUACACAUUUAGAUAUAUAGAUUUGGCAGUUUACAAUACGCAAUGGCAGUCGCAGAUAUCCGUCCAUAUUUAUAUAUAAUUUAUAAGGAUCUAUUUUGUGUAUUGAAGUAGAAAUGUGCUGAUGAUCAGUCACACUGUUGGUAGGUGGUCAUUCUGGUUGACUCCCAUCGUUAUCCUGGCAUCUUUCAUCAGUUACCCUCCAGCACCUGUCCUAACACAAAGUUGUGAAAUAUUUCAUUGUGCUAUGAUUUCAUCUGUGUACAUUUUCAUUAAAAAUAAAAUCUGUCAAAAACU